GCCUCCUGGUCUCAGUGCAUUCCAGGGGGACUGCUGCUGAUUUCAACAGGCACAAUGGGGGCCAGGCAGCUCCGGGCAAUGUUGCCCUGGGACAGAGGGAGCCCCUCCCUGUUGGUCUCGACAGUGCCACUGUCCUGCCCUCCUGGGCCCUGCUGCCUUCACCUCCAUCCCACUUCUGCCUCACCCGCCCCCCCUCAUCCUACACAUGGACUGGGAGCUCCUUUGGGGGGUGUACAGCACCCAGCACCCUGACCCCUCCCCGUACAGUGAAAGGGGUGUGCAGGAGGUGGUCAGCGCACGGCUCGCGCCGUCCCCCCUGGACCCUGGUGCCCAGAUGUGGUUGUGGUUCCGGUUGUAGCAGGAGCUGAGCUGGAAGGUGGGGCAGGCACAGGAGGAGGAAGAACAGGCUGAGUUGGGCAGGCAGGCGGCUGAGGGCGGGACCAGAGAGCCUUGAAAGUCCCAGCUCCUUCCCCAGCUCUGCUCACUCUGGCUCCCCUCCAGGCUGAUCGCACCAUGAGCCGCUGGCUGCUGGCUGCCCUGGCCCUCUGGGCUGUGAGCGGUGGGGACUCCCUGCCAGCCUGUAACUACCCGCCCAGGCUCUUGUGCAGCUCCUGGAAGAUUGCCGUGGCCUGCCAGGUGGAGAAGCUAUGCCCCAAAUUCUACCACCGCCCCCAGGCAGCCAACCCUGUGUCGCUGAGCCUGUAUUACGAGAGCCUGUGCCCGGCCUGCCGCGGCUUCCUGGUCACCCAGCUCUUCCCCACCUGGGUGAUGCUCAGUGACAUCAUGAACAUCACGCUGGUGCCAUACGGAAAUGCCCAGGAGAAGAAUGUCAGCGGGAAGUGGCAGUUCGAAUGCCAGCAUGGUGAACCGGAGUGCAGGGGGAACAUGAUCGAGACCUGCCUGAUGUACCAGCUGAAGGACUUCGAUCGGUCUUUCCUUGUGAUCUUCUGCAUGGAAUCGGCGGGCUCUGUGGUCGAGAAUCUUGAAGCUUGCCUGCAGGUCUAUGCUCCAACUGUCCAGCUGGCUGAGAUCAAGUCAUGCGUGACGGGAGAUCUGGGCAACAAGCUGAUGCAUCACAAUGCUCAACUGACCGAUGCCCUCAACCCCCCCCAUAACUACGUGCCGUGGAUCCUCGUCAAUGGGAAACACACGACCGCUCUCCAGGCGCGAGCCCAGACCGCUCUGUUCAUGAUGGUUUGUGAGAUGUACACGGGUGAAAAGCCAGAUGCCUGCAAAGACGGGGGGGCUGAGUCCCAGCUCCUCUGAAGACCGAGUCUCUCUGCCUGAAUUAACCCCCAGCCUAGGGCCGCUCCCUGCACCCCAGUGCCUGGCCUUGCAGUUGGGGUGAGCAGCCAGCCAGAGGCAGCAGGGGAUCUAUUUUUGCCUGGUAUGAUGAUGUCAGCUCUAGGCUCAUGCCCAGUAAACUCUGCUGCAGGUGGGGGCAGUUCAGUUAUGAGCAGGGGGUUGAUGGGAGAACAGGCACAAGAUGGUUUGAAUCAGGACAUGGGAAUUCGAAGGAUCUUUUCACGCAGGGUGUCAGCACC